AUGGCAAUUUCAAACUUCCUAAAUCCAGAAGAGGAGGUUGAAGUAGAAGAAGAGGGUGAAGCAAACCAAGAACAAGUCUUGCAAGACUUGAUAGCAGAACAUUUAGGUGUAUCUCAAACACAAGAUGACGACGAAGAAGAAGGGCAGCUUGAAGAGCCUGUCUACUCUAUACAAGAAGCUCGGAAGGCUAAUGCAGCCAAUGUCGUUGAUCAUGCCGCUACCGAUGCUGUUCGGGACAAUGAGAAAGUGCAGUUUGACGUUCAGUCUGCUGGCCUCGGGCGUCCAUCUGUAGAUGGCAUCCUUCGUAUGCUGAUGCAUAUGAGUCUCAUGUGCGAUCCUCGCGCACCUGUUCACAUCCCUGACGAGGUCCUGGCUGCGCUUCCUCCUGAUCCUAUUAUCACUGCACUUGAGCUAGAGCAAGAACAAUUGAAAGCUGGGGCAUACAGAAUUUGGGGGACGAGCAUCGAGGCAGAAGAACGCAACGAUCUUGUCCGUCGAAUAAAGAACCACGGAUACGAACUACCCGAAAUGGAUUCUUGCUCGAACUGCGUGAGGCGAAACGUUACUUGCGUGUCGUCUCCAAAUGAUUCACGGCGGUGCGCCGAGUGCGUUCGUCGCAACUUAAAAGAAAAAUGUGACUGUAUGGGUCCUGAGCAUCCCGACUGGGUGAAGCUCGAACGGGAGGAGGAUCGCCUGGAUCGCGAAGAGGAAGAAACCCUUUCGAAGUUACUUCGUCUGCGGAAGCAGAAACGCCUCAUCCGAACCCGUGGUAAAGAUAUGCUCCGGCGAGGUUUGAAAACCCUCGACGAGCUUGAUGCGGCAGAGGAGGCCGAACGUGUGGCUGCUGAGAAGCGUGACGCUGUUGAGGCCGAGGAACAGGCAGUUAGCGCUGCCUCCUCGUCUGUGACCGGGACCCCCGCUGUCAUACUGACAUUCGUUGCACUCAAAAAUCUCCUCCUUAAGGGGGUGGGUCAAUACUACCACAUGGCAUAUCUCUACCAACUAGAGGCCUAG